AUCGUGACGUUUUUCAGGUGGUACUCGUCACUAGCCAGCUAGCAAAAGCUGCUAACUGCAGCACGAAAGUACCAUGAAGUUGUAGCCAGCUUUAAUUUAAGUUUUAGGCAUCAACAACCUGCUAACGAAUGGGAGGAAUUUAUUAAUUAUUAUUUCCUUAAUUUUUCUUAUGACGACUUUGUAUGUAUUAACGUUAGCUAACAUUAAUCAAGUUGGUAAGCGAACUCAUAUAGCUAGCUAGCUAACUUGGAUUAGUGGGGUCCAUAGUAGUGUCACGUUAGCUAGCUAGCUAGCCAAGUUACCUGCAUUGCAUAGUUAGUCUAAACUAGUUCGUGAUCUUGUUCGGUAGAUUCGUACACUAUUGCUCUGUUGUGACUAGUGAUUAGUUUGUUAAUGCUAUCUAGUUAAUACGAUCUUGUUAACGGGAGCUAACUAACGUUGUCAAUUUUGGUUUAUUUUAAUAAGCUCGCUUUCUGUUGCUGCCUUAGUAACCAGCUAGCUAGCAUUAGCUAGCCAACUUUCACACGGUUAUCUGCCACAUUCAGCAAUUUGUUAACCACCUAAACCAAAGCAAGUUAGCAUUAGCAAAGCGAAAUGGUCGUUGGCACUGGCCAGUGAGUGGCGAUCCUUGGAUUUGUUUGUUUGCUAGCUAGCUAGGUAAGGUAGCUAGCGCUAGCUAAUAUUUAUUUUAAAUCUGCAAGUUUGUAAAUUAAGUGUGUGGGGUAACUAGUCAUUGGCAAUCUUGUUAACGAUAACAACAAGGCAGCUAGGUUGACGGUGCUAAAACUAUGUAAGUGAGUGAUAGCGAUCUGUUUGUCAAGUUAAGCAUGUAUGUGGUCGGCUUGUUGAACUGGAACGUCCUCUGACUUAUUUAUCCGUAGACCACUUUAUUCAUGCGGAGUCAGUUACAGAGAGCCAAGUUAACGUCAGCCGAGGUUGCGUAAACUGAGUUAGAAAGGUAGCAGACAGAAUGUCGUCUUUUUCUGAAUCUGCUCUGGAGAAAAAGUUGUCUGAACUUAGCAACUCUCAGCAAAGCGUCCAGACGCUGUCGCUGUGGAUUAUUCAUCAUCGAAAACAUUCUUCGCCUAUUGUGCAUGUAUGGCACCGAGAACUGAGAAAAGCCAAAACUAGCAGGAAGCUGACUUUCCUGCACCUUGCUAACGACGUGAUCCAGAACAGCAAGAGAAAAGGGCCAGAGUUCACUCGGGAUUUUGAGUCUGUCCUCCUUGAUGCAUGUUCUCAUGUCGCAAGAGAAGGGGACGAGGGCAGCAGAAAGCACAUCGAGAGGCUGCUGCAUAUCUGGAAGGAGCGUGCGGUGUACCGGCCGGACUUCAUCCAUGCGCUGAAGCUGGCCAUCGAGGACUCAAACAGCCCCAAGCGCAAGCCUGCCCCUGAAGAGAAAAAAGCCACCAAGCGCGCCCACCAAAAGGUGCAGGAGGAAGAGGAGGAAGAGGACGAUGACGACUACAGGGGGCACUACUCUCCAACGGACACCGACACAACGGUCCCGCUGUUGACGGAGGAGCUGGUGAAAGCCCUGCAGGACCUGGAGAGCGCUGCCUCGGGGGACGCCUCCGUCCGCCAGAAGAUCGCCUCCCUGCCGCAGGAGGUGCAGGACGUGUCCCUGCUGGAGAAGAUCACGGAUAAGGAGGCCGCGGACAAGCUGUCCAAGACGGUGGACGAAGCCUGCCUCCUGCUGGCCGAGUACAACGGGCGCCUGGCCGCCGAGCUGGAGGACCGCCGGCAGCUGGCCCGCAUGCUGACCGAGUACAUCCACAGCCAGAAGGAGGCGCUGUCUCACAGAGAGAAGAAGCUGGAGGAGUUCAAGCAGAAGCUGGCCCGGGUGACGCAGGUGCGCAGGGAGCUCAAGUCGCACAUCCAGAGCCUGCCGGACCUGUCGCUCCUGCCCAGCGUGACGGGGGGCCUGGCCCCGCUGCCCUCGGCCGGGGACCUCUUCUCCACGGACUGAGCCCCGCCCCCCAAGCGAGGCCACACCUCCCCCCGCCCCACAAAAGCGAGGCCACACCUCCCCCCGCCCCGCCAAAACGAGGCCACACCUCCCCCCGCCCCGCCAAAAGCGAGGCCCCUUCCCCACCAGCGACCGCUUUCGCUUCCCGCUAGACUACCGAGGCGGAUCCGGGACGAGAAACGACCCCGGCUGCCGCUGCCCCAGAGCCUGACUACCUUCAGCAGCUGGGGAAUGAGCUUUUUAAAAAAAAAAAAAAUUAAAAAAAUAUGUUUUACACACACACACACACACACACACACACACACACUAAAAGACUGGUACAUUUCUGCCUCCAGCUAAAAAGGGAAGCGGUUUGUUAAGUUAGACUUCAGUUUACAAAAAUUUUGUAAGUUUUUCUUUCUUAAUUUUUUUUUGAGUUAUUUUUUGUGGGUUAGAUGUUCUGGUAGCCUGGAUUUUAGAUUCACCAUUUAGGUUUUGAAGAGACGAGCACAAGGCCUUUGACUCUUGCUUCUUUUAGCACCGUAUUUUUUUUCCCGCUACGUGACAGACUUGUUUGGGCGAUUUCUCGCUUGAUUGCUUUGGGUUUGACCAGCCUGAAUUUGAGGAAGUACUUUAAAAACACUGCAAUGGUACACUUCUUUUUUCCCCAGACCUGAGACAUACUAAAUUUGAUGAGUAAGUAUCAAGGGUACUUACCUGAUUCGCAGCGUUUCUCUUGUUUAGAGCCUUAUUUUACCGAUGCUAUUCGUCCAUCGCUAUUGAAUUCUCGGUGGAUUAAAUGCAAAGGGCCUGACCUAACCUGAAAGGGGGCCACAGUCACACUGGAGAGGGGUAAUCACACUCACUGAUCGUUUCUCACUGAAUUUUAAUGCUCCUUUUGAAUAUCUGAAGUAAAUAAAUUUCAAACAUGACCUAUUCUUUCCUCCAAGUUUGUAUUGUGGGGAAUAUAAUUAUGCUGAGUUUAAUUAGUCUGGUUAAUGGCUUUUGUUUUUUUUUUAAUAAAAAAAAAGUUUUUUUUUAUUUACUUAAGGAAUCUGAUAACCUUCAGGUAUAUACAGAACCUCAAAUUCCCCGUUUGUGUUUUCAUUCUAUCCUGUAAUUGUGUACAUUUUGCCUGACAACUUUUGAACCUGGUGCUAGUAAUAAAUUCAUUCUCAAAAGAUGUAAUUGAUUGUGCCAGCUUUCACAGUAGUUUCAAAUGUUAGUGUUACUACGCUGUUGUCAUAUGUACACUAUUGGCCCACUGUACAUUAUGUUCAUAUAAAAUAACCCUUUUGGCUUAAAAACAAUGAGAAGACCACUGGGUGAGCAGUUACUGCAGCCUUUGAAUAGUGCUUGAUGAGAGAACCCUGCUGGUGAGGCAGCAUCCACGGGUGGAUGGGUUGGGGGCACAGACACGUCUGGACCUGAUGCCGGAUCGAAACCUCCGGGCUAAUGGGUCUGUGUGAAUAAUAUUUCUUUUGGGAGCGCUUUGAGUUCUAAAAUGAUAAUGAGUUUCCAGAAUCUCCACUGCGGCACAAACAUGUUAUUCUAGAUUUUUUUUUUUUUCUUUUCCUUCUCCCAUGUACCAAAAACGUGUCGGCUGGGCUUUGAAAACAGAAAACGGAAGGAAAGCGACGGAGCAGAUGUGUGGACACGGUGUCCCUUUUAUGGGAACAAAAAUGUCCUUGCGUUCUUUUCCCACCUCGGAUUUGGCCACAGUUGAACGACUGGGAAGACAUUUUAGAGAAAUGGCAGACAUUUUAAUAUGUGCCCAAAUUGACCCUUUCCUUGAGAAUCAACUGAGUUAAUGCUUUGGAAUGUCUGCUGGUUUGGGGGAACAAGGAAAGAAAAGACUGAAUACGGCCAAAUAUACUGUCUUGGGAGCAUCAGGAAUUUUGUGUAUGGAAAAACCUUCUCCCCUCUGAAUUUCCUAUGCUUUUGCGGUUUGAAUAAAACAAUAUUUAAAGAUC